AUGGGCGAUAAUUUGGUUGCAUCCUCCUCCGCCCAGCUUAUAGCGACGGUGAGACACGAAAACAUGCAGCUCCAGAAGCAUUUGGCGGAGGUCCGUCACGAAAACCGUACCCUCCGGAAGCAAUUGUACCACCUGAGCGCCCUCCUUGACAUCGCGGUCAGCAAGCUGGCGUCGAAGGGCAUCAACCUUGAGGUCCCUGUUGGCAUUCACGAGUUGCGCGAAGCCGUCUCUCGCCGUGACUUUGUGGACACAACCGCGGGUGCCAUGGACGACAACGAUUUGGGGUUUGAAACAGCGACACCGAAAAACCCCUUCAACCGCCGCUUUCAACUUCGCCGUGAGCUGCGGGAGCAUACGAAGCCUGUUCAGUGUGCGGCUUUUGCUCCCGGCGAACGACACAUUCUUGCCACAGGUGGGCUUGACUGUCACGUGAUGCUGCAUAGUUUUUUAACUGGAGAGAAAUUAUGUGAUGUUAGGGGGCACGAACAAAACGUUGCAGAUGUGUCAUGGUUUGAGGGAAGCGGCAACCUCCUGUCUGCGUCGUUUGACGGAACUGUAAAGGUGUGGGACGCGCGUGAAGGAAGUAGCUGUCUGGAGCACAUCUAUCAAUUUGCUGCGACCGGGUUUGCCUUAGCGGCGGUCCCACUGGACAAGGCUUUUGUGUUUGCAUGUACCGAUUCAAAGAGACGUACCUCUAUAGUAGACUUGCGAGUUCAGAAACCUAUUUCGUGGGUGCACGAUGUGCGUGCCAAUACGUUGACCUUCAAUAGUUUCAAGACACAUCUAAUUACCGGGCACAACGAUGGGAUGAUGGCAGUGUGGGAUCUUCGUAAGAUUGGUCUUGCUCUCUCUUUGACAUCUUCGAUGGAAGGAGAGACAACAACGAGCGAUGCACCUGCAGCUUCAUCUGUGGCGGUUGAAGAAUCUACUGCCGUGUCCGCUCCACCUAUUAGCGUGAUUGAAAAUGAACCGUCGCGAAGUGCCAUUACGUAUUUGGAUUAUUACCAUAACAGGGAUGACUCUAAGCGACUCGUCGUGGUGUCCGCUGACAACAUGGUACGUUUGUAUCGGCAAGCGGCUCUAAGCACAUCCUCUAGUGGGGCCAUUUCACUCCGAAAUAUUAUUGGAGGCGUUCCAACCCGUGGAUUUACGGUAAGGGCGGCAUUUUGGAAGGGUGUAAAGAAGAAGACGAACGUCUCCGCCUUCUUUGACGAUGGUGAGCGGGAAAAUGAUCCAUACUCGCGCCGUUUGACGGAAUGCGAUCUCGUGGUGACGCCCGGGGCGGAGAACACCGCUUGCGUCUACGACGUGACAGAGGAAGGAAAUACCGUACUAGUAGAAAAGCUUGAGGGUCACCGGGGGCGCGUUGUUGGCGCUGCGAUUCACCACGGGGACAGUCGACCCAUCAUUGCAACCUACAGUGCUGAUAAUACCGUGAAAAUGUGGGCCCCAGUGAAGACCUAG